GCAAAUCUGCGAGUCAAUGAAUUCCCACUCGCACUGGCAAUUGGUUUACGUGCGAGGCCCCGUGUCGUCGAGCCUCUCUGUAACGAGGCCUCGUCAUCGUCUUGUUGGUUCCAAAGGAAUAUGCCAUGGUUGUGUUCUUUAAUGCAGCAGACGUUCUCAGAGACUCAGAUGCACACGACCUUUGAGAAGAUGCCCUUUUCUUCUUCUAUAUAUUGCUUCAUCAACUUCUAGUCUAUUCUCUUCUUUCGUUCCUCUCGCACCGGUUCUAUUUGGACUAUGGGCUCUGACAACAUCUCUGUUGGUUUAUUAGAUACCCUCAAAAUGAAGAGGGUUCGGACCAUCUUCACUCAUACAUAUCCGUAUCCUCAUGAGCAUUCACGUCAUGCUAUCAUUGCGGUUGUGGUUGGUUGCUUAUUUUUUAUAUCUUCUGACAACAUGCACACGCUCAUCGACAAGUUGGAUCAGAAUAUCAAAUGGUGGUCUAUGUAUUCAUGUUUGCUUGGUUUCUUUUAUUUCUUUUCAUCACCAUUUAUUGGGAAAACCAUUAAACCUAGCUAUUCAAAUUUCAGUCGGUGGUACAUAGCCUGGAUUUUAGUGGCAGCUGUGUAUCAUCUUCCAAGUUUUCAGUCAAUGGGAGUGGAUAUAAGGAUGAAUCUUUCAAUGUUCAUAACGAUAUACAUCUCUUCCAUUCUGUUUCUUGCAGUAUUUCAUGUUCUCUUUAUUGGCCUCUGGUAUAUUGGUUUGGUCUCACGUGUUGCUGGAAAGAGGCCUGAGCUAUUGGCAAUUUUUCAGAAUUGUGCUGUCAUAAGUAUAGCCUGCUGUGUGUUUUACAGUCACUGUGGCAAUAGUGCUGUCUUGAAAGACAGAACACUUCAGCGGAGAACCUCUAAUUGGUUUACUUUCUGGAAGAAGGAAGAGAGAAACUCUUGGCUUGCAAAAUUUCUUCGCGUAAAUGAAAUGAAGGAUCAGGUGUGCUUGUCUUGGUUCGCACCCGUUGGGUCUGCAAGUGAUUACCCACUUUUGUCUAAGUGGGUAAUUUAUAGCGAGUUAGCGUGUAAUGGCUCGUGCGCUGGUCCAUCUGAUGGUAUUUCACCCAUAUACUCACUCUGGGCUACAUUCAUUGGCCUUUACAUUGCAAACUAUGUGGUGGAACGGUCGACAGGGUGGGCUCUUUCUCAUCCUUUAUCUGUUAAAGAAUAUGAAAAGCUGAAGAAAAAGCAAAUGAGGCCUGAUUUCCUUGAUAUGGUUCCUUGGUAUUCAGGAACUUCUGCUGAUUUAUUCAAGACUGUUUUUGAUCUACUUGUUUCAGUGACUGUCUUUGUUGGUCGAUUUGACAUGCGCAUGAUGCAGGCAGCAAUGCGCAAGCUUGAAGAUGGAGCUCAGCAGGAUGGUUUAUUAUAUGAUCAUUAUAGUGAUAGGGAGGACUUAUGGUUUGAUUUCAUGGCUGAUACUGGUGAUGGUGGGAACUCAUCUUAUACUAUUGCACGUUUGCUUGCUCAACCUUCAAUUCGCAUAAUUGAAGAUGAUUCAAUUUUCAACUUACCACGUGGAGAUAUGUUACUCAUAGGGGGAGAUCUUGCAUAUCCUAAUCCAUCAGCAUUCACAUAUGAAAGACGGCUCUUUUGCCCUUUUGAAUAUGCUCUUCAACCUCCUCCUUGGUAUAAAGAAGAUCAUAUAGCAGUAAAGAAGCCUGAGUUACCACAUGGGAUUUCUGAACUGAAGCAAUAUGAUGGACCUCAGUGUUACGUAAUUCCUGGAAAUCAUGAUUGGUUCGAUGGACUUCAUACAUAUAUGAGAUACAUAUGUCAUAAGAGCUGGUUGGGCGGGUGGUUUAUGCCUCAGAAGAAGAGCUAUUUUGCCCUGAAACUUCCCAAAAGAUGGUGGGUAUUUGGUCUGGAUCUAGCACUCCAUGGUGAUAUUGAUGUCUACCAAUUCAAAUUCUUUUCAGAACUUGUACAGGAGAAGAUGGGAGCUGAUGACUCGGUAAUCAUUAUGACUCAUGAACCUAAUUGGUUGCUUGACUGUUACUGGAAUGAUAUUUCUGGGAAGAAUGUUUCGCACCUAAUAUGCGAUUAUCUAAAAGGGAGGUGCAAACUUCGAAUUGCUGGAGACUUGCAUCAUUAUAUGCGCCAUUCUGCUGUUCAAUCAGACGAGUCUGUAAAUGUGCACCAUCUUCUUGUAAAUGGCUGUGGUGGGGCUUUUUUACACCCAACUCACGUCUUUAGUAAUUUUCGAAAAUUUUGUGGGGCUACAUAUGAGUGCAAGGCUGCUUAUCCUUCCUUUGAAGAUUCUGGCAGGAUUGCUUUAGGAAAUAUUUUGAAGUUCCGGAAGAAAAAUUGGCAAUUUGAUUUCAUUGGUGGCAUCAUCUACUUUAUAUUGGUCUUUUCUAUGUUCCCACAGUGUAAGCUCGAUCACAUCUUGCAAGAAGAUUCAUUUUCGGGUCACUUGAAGAGUUUCUUUGGCACGGUGUGGAAUUCUUUUCUAUACAUGCUGGGAGAGUCAUAUGUAUCUUUAGCUGGUGCUAUUGUAUUAUUGAUUGUAGCGAUAACAUUUAUUCCUAGCAAAGCAUCCAAGAAGAAACGGGUAAUAAUUGGCCUUGUUCAUGUGUCUGCACAUCUUGGGGCAGCUCUUUUUCUUAUGUUGCUAUUGGAACUCGGGUUGGAGACGUGCGUCCGUCAUGAAUUACUAGCAACCUCAGGCUAUCACACUUUGUAUGAAUGGUACCGUACAAAGGAAGGUGAGCACUUUCCCGAUCCGACUGGUCUCCGUGCGCGAUUAGAAGAAUGGACAUAUGGUCUGUAUCCAGCAUGCAUCAAGUAUCUUAUGUCGGCAUUUGAUAUACCUGAGGUCAUGGCCGUCUCGCGUAGUAAUAUUUGCAAGAAUGGAAUGCAUUCGCUCUCUAGAGGAGGUGCUAUAAUAUAUUAUGGCUCCGUCUUCUUUUAUUUCUGGGUUUUCUCAACGCCAGUCGUCUCCCUUGUUUUUGGAAGCUAUUUAUACAUAUGUAUCAAUUGGCUUCACAUCCACUUUGAUGAAGCAUUCUCUUCACUAAGGAUUGCAAAUUAUAAAUCGUUCACUCGAUUCCACAUCAAUAACGAUGGCGAUCUCGAAGUUUUUACUCUUGCUGUUGACAAGGUUCCGAAAGAAUGGAAGUUGGAUUCUAAAUGGGAAGGGGAGGCAAGACAACCGGAGCAGCUGAGCCAUCGGAGAGCGUUUCCGAGCAAGUGGAAGGCGGCUACAUCAUAUCAAGAUCCAGUGCACACUGUUAAAAUUGUGGAUCAAUUUGUUAUUAGACAAAGAGAUAAUGCUGAUUUUGAAGAUGCUAAUGGGUCAGAAAUUCACUGACCUCUGAGUUAACUACUCUGAGUUGUGUAUUGAUUGAUUUAGGGUUUAGCCAUUUUAAAGCCAGAAAUUGGUAUGAAUGAUAUGAUAUGAUGAUGAUGAUGCUGUGUACAGUGAUGGAUGGUUUUCUUUUAGGCUUGUAGUAGUUUGUACUGAUCCCCCAUUGGUUGGUAGGAAAAGAAGCCUUCUUAGUUCUUUUUUUUUUUUUAAUGUUUGGACCGAAAGCUUCUGACCAUGUUGGUUUAAAGGCAAAGCAUGGGAAUCUUAUUACUGCUAAUCAAUAUUUUACCUUCUCAGCUGUAUGUAAGAAAAUGUAUUUAUUAUGAAAUUACCUCAUUCAGGUAA